CCGUCAUUAACGUGGAGAGGCGGUGAGAACGCCGGGACCAGGCAGACAUCACGUGAUCGCUAAGGCAGCCAUGGCACUCGCUCCAUGACCCAUGUCUGUCUCAAAUUAGACUCGUCAACUGAGCAACUUGAUGAAUCACAUGCUAAUUGGCGCGACUUACGCUGUCACCGCCCGUGGCGCCCUUGCGACUCGGCUCCCGCAGGCAUGCACGAAAGUGUCCUCGUAUUCAGUGAGUCACCCUUGCCUACUUCCACACACCGGGGGCUAAGAGCCUUUUUAUACCAUACAUAACAAGCCACUGAGUAGGGUUUUGCAGCACCUUCACCUCACUUCAUCUCAAUUCAUUCUGCUAUACUCGAGACGCCGCACCAACAGACAUGGAUGCGUGCACGAUGGACGACACGACGCAAAGGCCUGUGCAUCGAACUACAAUCCUGGAUCUCCCGAAGGAAACCCUGCUCGAAAUUUUUGGUCAUCUCGUCGAGAAAUUCCCGGUCCAUGACCCUUCUCAGUAUUAUAAGCCUCGGGCCUCCGAAGCCAAUGACCGGCUCACGCUCUUGGGCAACAAUCGUCUAGUCUGUCGUGCAUUUAACAGGAUCAUCAGUCCUUUGCUAUGUCCUGUUGUGACUGUGUCGCUUUGUUCAGGAUCGAUUGAUCGUUUGGAAGGCCUCCUCCGCAACCCGCUGAUCGCGCAAGGUGUACGCGGCAUUGCUAUAAGUCUUCUCUUUCGACCACGCGGCAUUGCAACCGACUUCAAGAGAUAUCAUGCGCAUGCAAACACAAUCCUCAAUGAUCUCGAAAGGGAGUGUGAUUGGAAUACCGAGUUCCAGCAUUAUGAUCAGGACGACAUGUCUGAUGAUGCUAUCACCUGGCGAGGGUAUCAUGAAGCUUGGUCUAAAAUUGCUCAGAUGCAGAGCGCAUGGGGUAAACUAUUCGAAGGAAGCACUCAAGAUGCUGGCCCGGAAGAUGUUGAGAUCAUAGAAGACGAAGACCAAGAAGAUCAAGAAGUCAACGAAGACGAAGCAGACCAAGACGACGAAGGAGGAAAACAUAUCGAAGAAGCACAGGCUACCUUAAGAAUCUGCUUUGAAAAGUAUGCUGCUGCACAUGUAGAACAGGCUCGCAUCAUCUCAGAUGGGUCAUUUGUUCGCAGCGUCACAAGGGCACUGUCUUGCUGUGGCUCAUUGCCCUUCAUUUGGUUCAAUGAGGACCAGCUCGUCAAAGACGGGCCCGACAACCACGCAGUCGCCUUGUUAACUUCUAACGAGGCUUUGCUUCAUGCACUGAUGCAAGGUCAUGAGUGGCUCACAAUCGAAAGUACCCUUUGCAAAGAUGAUGAUGACACGGAAUUGUUCUUCCCCGCCAGCGUCCUCACCGGGUUACCGAUUGCCUGCCAUGACGCCGGGGUACCUCUAAGAGGGAUCUCAGUCGACUGCUUCCCCUUGCUGAGAGGCUACCGUUGUCUCAUUCCCAGUGCCACUCAAGCCGACGACAGCAUCGAUCCGGACCCCUGGACUCGAUUUGCUGCAGCAUGUCAUGACCUGGAGAUCUUCAAAUUUGGCAUUCGUGGUAUGAAUUGCUCACCAAUACGCCCUGAGCGCCAAAGUACUUCCGACUCAGCAAUCAUAAAUGGCUUUAUCGGCGCAGCUAUUUCGGGGCCGCGUCUGCAGAAGCUGUGUUUGAGCAUGACCCCUUUCAGAGUAAGGAGCGGAUCUGCAGGUCAAAGGGGUGAGGAGCAUUCGUAUCUGGCCUCGCCCAUCCUGGCUGCAAUCACCUCCACACAGCUACGAACCAUCACUCUCAACACCGUCGAAAUUUGCGAGCGGGACCUACUAGCGCUAGUCAAAUCAGCUUCUCCGGUGCAUCUUACAUUUUUAUACUUUGCUGCUGUGACUCUUUCACGUGGCCUUUAUGCAGAGGCCAUGGGGCUGCUCCAUGACAUCGUAUCAUUGAGGAGAAGCAACAAUCGCUCCAUUCCGAAAAUCCUCUUCAGUACUUUACAGGGCGCGGAGUUUGGAGGACCUUCCACCUUCGACGAUGGCGGCAAUAGUUGGAUGUUUGGAUCGAAGGAGGAGCGCGAGCUUUUUUGGGACAGAUUGAAGCAACACCAGCAUCCCCAGCUCCUCAAACAGGUCGAAACAUGGGUUACAAACGGUAAAGCAGAUGAAGUGAAUCCUUUGUUGCAAUUGAAAGACGUGCAGGACUGGGUGAGUUAGAUUUAAUACCUCAUACAAAUGUGUAAGCCGCGCCAAAACAGGACUGGAUGUGUACAUAGUUAAAUGGUUCUGGGCAAUCCGGAGCUGAAGAGCUAGACCUUGCUGUGGGAACCAC